AUGGUAGCAGAGUUAGAUGGCCGGUCACACGAAAAUCGGUCUUACUUAUGGAAUGUAAAACGAAUGGAGUUUAAAAGUCUGAAAGCACCGUUGAAUGAUGAUAUUGAUUCAAACGAUUAUGAUACAGAUGAAACUAACGAAGACGAUGAUAACGAUAAUGACAGAAAGAAGAAGGAUGAUCCAGAUUACAAAUUCGGGCAGAAACAACAACGAUCGACUUUAAAUAUUUCACAACUUGCAUUUAUGCAAAAUGCAUUAGGCUAUGGACAAACUGGAACGGUUUACGCUUGUUUGCAUAAAAAUCAGCGUGUAGCUACAGAAAUGGUUGAUAUUUCAAAAAAGAAACAAUUGUAUCAUCAGCUACAAAAGGAAAUGGAAAAAUAUGAACAUUUAAAACGGUUACAAAAUCUAUGUAUUCAAAUGCUUGUUGUGCAUGGAAUAUUGUUUUGUGUACACUGUCAUUUGUUUGGAUAUUAUGUAUCAUUGUAA